UUGCCUAAUAAUGUUCACGGGCAUCGUUAUACAGUUUUUCACCAAAGUAAAUGAAGCCGAUGGUGUUGCGUGCUGAAUUCAAUGGAUGUUAAUUGUCUUAAUCGUCCCUAAAAUAGUCAUAUGCAGUUAAUGAGUUAUUGCGCAAGAAAUCAUGCUGUUGUUAGAUGUAAUAUCGCUAAAACGUAUGAUUGUCCGUAUUCUGUUUUCUGACGUUAUAGCAUUGAAUAUAGUGAAUCAUUUUUUUCCUUUUUGUGUUUCAUUUUCUUUCUUCGCUAAGCAGUUUCCCCAGACUGCAAGAGAGAGUACAAUACCUGAUAUCGAUGUUAUAAUUCGAGGCAAUCUACAGGUUACCUGCGUACCAGAUAAACGCAUUCCUCUAAAAUCUAACACAUUCAAAAUUAUGUAAUUUUUUUUUGAGCGCCUGAAAGCAUCUUGAUUGGUUGGCAUUCAGAUGAGUAUUUACAUAAUUUCACUAAUUACUAAUUCACUAAGGACAGCUGUAAUUCGUGCUGCAGGUGCCAGCUUGGCAUGUUUCCAUGGAGUGAGAGCUUGCGUACCCAUUUCACAUCUCUGUCUCCUCAGCCAGACGAGAGACCGUAAGUAAAGGCAGAGCAAAGGGGAGCAGUACAUAAUUUUAGUGUUACGUCGUAAACCAGUUAUUUCAGCUCUUCCGUGUGUUGCACACUUUACGAAAGGGUGAGGACUGGUUCCCUUCAGAUAUAACCAAGCUACAGACUGGAAUAGACCCAAUGGGGAAGACAGGCAUGCUUUGGACGUCACGUGGAGUAUGGUUCUGUCACAACAUGGACUAAGGAGACAGGCCCCACUCUUUCACCAGCUGAUGUGAUGACUGCUCACAGCACACAUUUAAAGAGAAGCAUUGUUUAUUCAAAAAUGAUCCAGUCAAACAUGUUUUUGGGCUGGAAACAGACAUGGUACAUUUGACAAGAGGAAUGUAGAGAAAACCGUUUCCCCCUCGAAGACACAGAGCCAGUCCUUGAAAAAUUUAGGCUGCACAGGCAGGAAUACAGUUCAGUAUGAGGAUUUUUGCAUCAGAAAAUUUUGCAAGCUAGUCUUUGCGAAGAGGUGAAGUCCUCUGGUGCGACAGCUUUCCAACGGCGUGGAGAGCUCCGCGCCCAGAAGCAUGGUGAUGUCACAGAGCACCUACACCUUCCUGACGUGCUUCGCUGGCUUCUGGGUGGUGUGGGCCUUCAUCGUCAUGCUCUGCUGCUUCUGCAGCUUCUUGCAGCGUAAGCUGAAGAGGCGGCGGGACGCCCGGCCGCCCGAGCAGAGCCUCCACAGCCUGGAAAUGGACGCCCUGCAGGACCGUAGCUGCCCACCAGGGGAGCCCGUGCACCUGGGCCCACCGCAGACUCUGUGCCCGUCGCUGCAGUCUCUCCAUGCCAUUCCGCAGGGCAGCUGGCCGACUUCACAAGAAGCUGAUGUUUUUGGGAAACCACCUUCCUACGAGGAUGCGGUUCUGAUGGAGGACCCGCCACCUGCCUAUAGUGAGGUUCUAGCUGACAUUAGAGGGGGAACCUACACCAAACCUGAUGCAAGGACAUCCAGGGAGCCGCAGGACUCCGAAAAGAGCAAGAUGCGCCCUGACGUGGCUCUCUCUGCCCGCGCCUACUCCUCCCUCAUCCACCUCCCCGCAGCUGAUCACUGGGAUUCCUUGGGUUGCUUCUUAUCCACUAUGGAUAUGAACCGUAACAACCUCCCUCUGCCUGCCUCCGAGCCCUCUGUCAGGGACCCGCCUCCGCUCCGCGGGACCUUCUCUGGUGGACAGGUUCCAGACCGGCCUUUACCGGACCAGACCUGUGACCUGCCGACCGCGAUCCUCGUGUUCGGCAGGAGUACAGCUGUGUAAGCCAGAAUCUGUGCCAGAACAAGCCUCCGUCACACAGACUGUGAGAGAAGUAAAGAAUUUCCUCCUUUCAUGCUGCUGUGAAGUGAAUGGGCCUCGUGGAGUAACCGCCAGCUUUGUGCAGUGACGCAGAAUACCCCAGUGAGGUGUAUGCACACACUGUAGCUGUUCAGAACUGAUAAACCCUGCAUCUAGUGUCCUGUGAUAGGUUAAAAAAGAAAAGAAAAAAUAACAUUCUACUUGAAAAGUACUUUAGUCUGACGUGCUUGCACACUAACAUGCAGGAGCAUUUUAAUUUUUUUUGUUUUUGCAUAUUUCACCCCGCUAGCCGAAUGCCUCUGCGCAGUGAGCAGUAUAUGCUUGAUGUAUCGGGUUAGAGCGGACGCAGCCAAGUAAUACACAUUCACUGAUAGCAGCUGAUUCACAGAGGAUAUACAUUUAGUGACAGUCCUUUUUUAAAUUUACAAUUUCUGUAAAUAAAACAAGAACUACUGUGAUUCUCUAGUCUUAAUGCACAGCCUUUAUUAAACUUAUUUUAUUAAACAUCCACUGGCUGUUUCCAAAACUGCCAAGGAAAAAAAAAACAAUUUACUAUUUUAUUGUAUUUGCGUGUCCUUUGUCAUGUGGACAUCUGUUGAGCUUUUUAAUUCUUUAGUCCAGUCUGGCCUAAAAUCCAGUUAUGAACACUCUUUCUAUAUGUAUUUUGUGUGAUGCAGCUAUGCCUGUAGGCACUGCAUUUACUUUUCAUUAACUUAGCAGACACUUUCAUUCAAAGCAACAUGCAAUUGAGAACAAAGGAUCACACAAUCCCUGGAGGGAGUGGAGUUUUUCAGCCUCACUUAGGAGCCCAACAGUGACGUCACUCUGCCAAACCUGGGAUUUGAAUCAGUGACCUUCUGAUCACAACAUCGUGACCCGCUGAGCCACACACUACACUACACCUUCUUUAAAUAAAGCCAUUUUAUUGGUGCCCAUGGGAGAACUCUCUUUUAGCCAACCCCCUCUUGCUC